CUACUCCCGACCACAGUCCUACUGUUCGCUCCAACAUGUCUAAAUCAUUACUCGCAGAAUUCGAUUUGAUUCGCCGUGUUGAUCCAUCGAUUGAUCGAUCGAUACCAAUUCAUAUUAAUCUCUCUCUCUCUCUCUCUCUCUCUCUCUCUCUCCAUUCCUGUGAGAUCGAGCUAUGGACUCCUCCCGCGAGAGCCUAGUCUACGUUGCGAAGCUGGCGGAGCAAGCUGAGCGUUACGAGGAGAUGGUGGACGAAAUGAAGAAGGUUGCGAAGCUCAAUGUUGCAUUAACCAUUGAAGAGAGAAACCUGCUGUCUGUUGGGUACAAAAAUGUUGUUGGGGCUCGGAGGGCAUCAUGGAGGAUUCUGACAUCCAUAGAGCAAAAGGAAGAUGCAAGGGGGAACGAUAUCAGCGUGAAGCGAAUCAAAGAUUACAGGAAGAAGGUUGAAUCAGAGCUAUCCAGCAUCUGCAGUGAUAUCAUGGUUGUACUUGAUGAGCAUGUCAUUCCUUCAGCAUCAGACGGUGAAUCCAAAGUUUUCUACUAUAAGAUGAAAGGAGACUACUACCGUUAUCUUGCAGAAUUUAAGGCUGGUGACGAGAAGAAAGAGGUUGCUGAACUGUCAAUGAAAGCGUAUGAGAUGGCUACAAGUAUUGCAGAGUCUGAUUUGCCUUGUACACAUCCCAUCCGCCUUGGUUUGGCUUUGAAUUUUUCGGUGUUUUACUAUGAGAUCCUCAACUCAGCUGAAAGGGCAUGCCACAUUGCAAAGCAAGCAUUUGAUGAUGCAAUAGCGGAACUUGACAACCUCAAUGAGGAGUCUUACAAAGAUAGCACUUUGAUCAUGCAACUUCUCAGGGACAAUCUCACAUUGUGGACCUCUGACAUCGAAGGAGAAGAUGCACAAAAGGUAAAUGGCUCAGCUAAACUUGGUAUGGAGGAAGGAGAGUAAAACAGGUGUAAGCUUGAAUCAUAUGCCUUGCAGUGAAAAUCGAAUGGAGCUCACAAUAUGCACAGCUGGAGAUAUAACCUUAUUCUACUGUACUAUGUCAUUUUAAGUCCUGUACUGAGUACUCUUGCUUAGGUGUGGUCGGUCGGGUUGCUUUUCCUCAGGUUUCUCCUUUUGGUUAUGAUUGGAUGGAAAUUGGUUUGAUAUGGCGCUUUUCCUACUAUUAAAAUUUGUACUACUGUCAAGCUGGAUUGUUCUGUUUACGUCAUUUUCUUGGUCCAGUGUCAGGUCCAGUGUCAAUCACAACGUGUUUGGUUGCUUCUACGUCUGCCUGUGAAGUUUGGGCCAGAAUCCUAUGCAAUUAAUAUGCUAUUAUAGUGUUUGAUUUGCCCUUU